UCUGUGGUGUCUACGUUUGCCACCAACUUCCUCCUGAACGAAAGAGCGUUUUCAACAGAGCUGCGUUCGCUCGCCUUAAACGUUCGCACCUCUUCUUUAACGCAGCUCCACUCGAACCUGUGACUUGAGGAAAGCCAAGAGGAAUGAACAGAUAGAGGACAGGGGUUAGUUAGGAAAAUACCAAGAAGAAGAAGCGAUAGACAGUGGGGGAGUGAGCAGACAAGAGGCAACUUGUUGGGUGGUAGAAAAAAAAACAAGAAGACUGAAAGGAAGGAGGAAGUGAGGGAGACAGAAUGACAGAGGCUACGAUGAGGGGCUAAAAAUAUGUACACUUAUAAAAAGUGUACAAGGUGUGUAAGCGCGUGUGUGUGUGUGUGUGUGUGUGUGUGUGUGUGUGUGUGUGUGUGGUUAGAUAGAGAGUGACAUUUUCCUGAUCAGUAAAUAUGUCUCUGAAGCUGCCUCGCAACUGGGACCUCACUAAUCUCCGGGGUGAAACUACCAAAAUAGCGAGGUCUAAAAGUGUGAUACCUGGAGACGGAGGCGCUGGGUCAGGCCGCUCUGAUAUCAAGAGGUCGAUGGAGAAACCUCUGAAGAAAGGCUGGCUGAAGAAGCAGAGGUCCAUCGUGAAGAACUGGAAACCAUGCUACUUUGUUCUGAGAGGAAACAUCCUGACGUACCACAAAGACGACAGAGAGAGCGCCGUACAGGGGACAAUACCGCUGUGGGCCAGUCAAGUGAACGAGCUGCCGUCGAACGCAGAUGACAAAUUCAUCUUCGAGAUCAUCCCACGAAGUAAUGGGGAUCGGGAGCAUGAUGGCUGUGUUCUCAUGGCAAGUAGUCAGAGCGAGAUGGAGGACUGGGUGCGACUGAUCCGCCGGGCCAUCGGAGCUCAGAGCAGCGGAGUGUUUGGGAAGAGUCUGCCGGACAUCAUGGCCUACGAGAAGAAGCUCGGGCCUCGCUCUGUGCCCAUGCUGGUGGAGAAGUGCGCCGACUUCAUCAGGGAGCACGGCCUGGAUGAGGAAGGCAUCUUCCGUCUGCCGGGGCAGGAGAACCAGGUCAAACACUUCCGAGAGGCUUUCGAUGCUGGAGAGAGACCUUCAUUUCCUGGUGACACAGAUGUCCACACGGUGGCGUCUUUACUCAAGCUGUACCUGCGCGAGCUGCCCGAGCCGGUAGUGCCCUGGACUCAGUAUCAGGACUUUCUGGACAGCAGCUUGACACUGGAUGCCACGACAGCAAUGGGGAAGGAGAAACUGGAGAAACAGAUCAGCCUGAUUCCUAAAGUCAACUACAACCUCCUGAGUUAUAUAUGCAGGUUCCUGUUUGAGGUGCAGCAGCACUCGAAGGUGAAUAAGAUGAGUGUGGAGAACCUGGCCACGGUGAUGGGGGUGAACCUGUUCAAACCGCAGGUGGAGGACGCGUUCAGCAUGAUGAAGGGGACCCCAAUGAUCCAGAAGGUGAUGACGGUGAUGAUCAGGCACCAUGAGCUGCUCUUCCCUGCCUCUAAAGACGCCGCUCCGUCUCCUGCUCCUGCCAAGAAGCUGAGGAGCAAAAAAGCAGCGAUUCCACGCAAUCUUGUGGGCUGGGAGUCUGCAGAGUGUGAGAUGUUAUCCUUGUCCGAGUCCCCAGAAGAAGAGGAAGUGGACACGUUUGAGACUGAGGGGUCAGCAUCAAAGGUCGCUCCUUCCUAUUCGUCCUCUCCGUCUCCCGUUUCCCCAUCUCCAGCAGACAUAGGAAGCCCGAGGAAACGUACGCAGACUCUGCCCAGCAUGGGUGCCCCCCCUGGGUUUAGAGCAUCCCGAGAACCAUCCUGGGAGCGCUGGAGCUAUCUCCAGGAGACCUUGGAUGAGAAGGAAGAGAAAACAUUCUCUGAGGACAUCUUCAAGAUCUUGGACCUUCAGAAGGUGUCAUUCUUUCCGGAAAAACAGAACAGCAAUGGUAAAGAUAUAGGGAAGGAUGCCACGCAGGAAAGGAGGAGUAGCAAUGGUGCAGUUAAACCCACAGAACCUCCACAAGCGAAAGUGGAACCUCAGGCCAAGCCAAAAGAGAACUUGAAGCAGAGUUCACCAUCUCUGAGCAGGGAGGAGAUUGUGAAACAGCAGCCACAGAGUGUUACCCAGAAACAGGGGGACAACACGACUGACCAACAGCAACUCAUCACCAGUCUCCAGCAGAGGAACAAGGAGCUGAGCGCGACCGUCGCCGAGCUCCAGUCAGCGCUGGAGGCCGAGCGUCGCUGUAAAGCGGCUCUGGAGAUUUUGUUACGUAAUGCCGAGCGCAGCAGAGACGAAGCUCUGAGGCGCAAUGAGGAGCUGGACCGAGAGAUCCAGGCGUUCAUUGGUAACGCCAAACCAAAGUGAACACACACUUGGACCAGGCUCAGGACUCCCACGUCAGGACAGAUCUAUGCAGUCAAAUACGUCUGUCCAGUAUGGGAUUUCUAUUGGGUUUACUAACCAUCUGGCUAUUUAUUUCCAGAGGAUAUUUUAAAUGCCUUAUAUUUAAACGUAGAUUAUGGACAAUAAUAUAUGAAAUUAUAGUAUUUUUUCAUUAGGUAAUAAAUAUCGUAUCCUCACAGCGAGAUAACAUUUUAUCUUGCCUAUCAGUAGAUUAAUUAUCGGCUGGUACCGAUAAUAGGUGCCCAGGAAACAAUGUUCACAUUGUUUGCAAAUGUUUUAACUUUUUCUCAACUGUUUGUUUUGAAGAAAUUUCCAUUUGCUACCAGACAACAGCACAAAAAGUUGAACAAUGACAAUUCUUGUUGUAAUGAGACUGCUGGUGGUGAGAGACAAUAUUCAUGGACUGUGUUACAUUAUAAAAUUCGCUUUUUAAGCCGUGUGUUCCCAAAAUACAACACAAGUUCUCUACAGUGUCUGUUGAAUCAAAUAGAGAAUUAUUAUUGUUUUUGGAUGUGCUGCAACCAGAAACUUUGUUCUUUAACCGCAGAAUAAAUUUCUUAUAAAAUUCA